AUGUCCCGCGCUGCUGCGGAUCGCGAAGGAGCGUCUCCUCCCGCAGAGUCUAUGAUAACGCCGGAAAUUGUCCACCUUCUCCGGGUAUACGAGAAAAGCAUCGCGACUUGGAUGGACGUGUUUGAUUCGGAAUUCACCUAUCAACGGCGGCUGCUGUGUAUGGCUCCAUCGUCGCCGCUUUUAUUAAAUGCGAUCUGCGCUCUUGCAGCACGGCAACUGAGCCUCAUUGACUCUCCACGGACCUGGAAACCGGUGGCUGAACACUACUAUGGCCAAGCUGUCCAUUUUCUUGCCCGCCUUCUCAGUUCUUUCCCCAGCAAGAUGGAACUCGCGAUUGUUGGAACAAUCCUACUGAGCAGUUAUGAGCUUCUCGCAUUCCCAGGCCUCGACUAUCAACGGCAUUUCAAAGGCGCACACACAAUCAUAGAUUCAUUACACGCUCACAACUCAGCAAGCUGCUUAACUCGCGCUUCGUUCUGGAUAUAUGCACGACACGAGGUGGCUGAAGCGCUGAAUCGUAAUUCGCCUACCUUGCAUGACCCGGGCUCGUGGCCAAAGUUGGACCUUUCAGCAGCUGAGCCAGCAGAGGAUUCAUUCUGUAAUGACGCUUUACGCCUGACCGCUGAAACUGUCUGCAUUGUUUUCGGAAAAACAUCGAGAAACAGGACAAAACGGAGAAAGCGAGACCUGUCAGCUCUCCAGAGCGAACUGUGUACUUGGCUGCAUCGGUGCCCAAAGCAGUGGAAAGGAAUUGAAUACGCAGAAGAUGGAAACGUCCGAUACUGGUUUCCACGCCCGAAUUUUGCCGCUGCACUAGUUUUCUAUCAUUUAUCCAUGUUGCUUCUGUGGCAUGACCUUGAGAAGGUCCAGGAGGGACCGGAAAAUGUGAGUGAGUUAUAUGAUCAAGUCGACGCACAUUCAAGGCAGAUAAUCUUGAUCGCGCUGUCAAGCCUUCCAGACUCCGCCAUGGUUGUGGUUGUUCAGCCCCUUUGCUACGCGGUGAAAUACGUCAGAGACAACACACUUAAAGAGAGUGCCAUAUUAUUGCUCGACGACAUCGAGGCGCGGACUGGCUUUCAUACGAAAAGCAAGCUUGAAAGACAACUCUGCCGUUGA